GCGUGCGUGCGUGUGUGUGUGUCUUUAAGAGAAUAGCUAGCCGGUAUGUGUAAAAGUAGCCCAAUAAAGCAGGAAAAACAGCCCAAUCUGGCAACACUGCCUGAACGUCCUCCAAAAGUAGCCCAAUCCAGCGGGAAAAAACGCCUAAUCUGGCAACACUGCUGAACGUCCUCACGCUCCAGCUUCAACGUAAAUCAAUGUGACCAAAUGAAAACGAAGCCGGUAUGAAACUAAAACUGUUAUUCUGAAGAUACAAGUGUGUAGAUUUGUUUAAUUGUUUGGACGAUGGUAAAUGGUUGAAAUUUGACCGAGUUACGAUGUCUUAAGUAAUUUAAGUGUCAGAAUGGGCAGACGGCUUCACUGGGACCAACUGUAGAAUAUGACGGUUUGAAACUAAAACUGAUUCUGAAGAAAAUGAUAUCGAAAUUCCGAUUAAGUUACGCCUUAAACAGUUGAAGCACCAGAGGCCUCCCAUUGACUCCCAUGGUAAAAAAAUAUGACUUUUUAAAAGUAUAUCUUAAAAAGUAUAAAAUAUUUUAAAAUCUGAAAAGAAUCAAGCGAUUCAAAGCUAUUCUGAAUAUUUAAAAAUUUGAAUGGAGUCUCUAGUUGAAAAAUUGAGAUAGGUCCCAAAGUUUGUAGAGAGAAAGAAAGAAAGAAAGAAAGAAAGAAAGAAAGAAAGAAAGAAAGAAAGAAAGAAAGAAUAAAACUUAUGAAGAACAAUAGUUGAGCACUGCAUGCAGCACUCAGCUAAUCGACAAUUGAUAAAUCAAUCAUUUGUGCACAUUGUAAUUUACUUUCUUUAUGUGACUCAGUGUUUUGCUGUGGAGUGUGUGUGAUUGAUGGCUGGUUGAAGCAGCCUCAGCUGGCAAGCCUUUGGCUGAUUGGCCUCUGGGGCUGGUUCAGGCUGCACACCUGUGGUGCCCCCACUCAUCAGGGAACACCAGAGCUCUUUCUCGAUCAGCGUUGAUGUCUGUACGUUGCGAAGGAGAAAACACAAAACAGUUACUUAUAAUUCUGAUAAAUGUCCAUGAUUUUUUGUCAAAUUUAUUAAUGUCUGAUGUAGAAUUUUAUCAUUCAUUCACCAACGUACACAACAUUUACAUUUACAUUAAGGGUAUUUAGCAGACACUUAUCCAAAGCAACUUACAAUUAGUACAUUUGUCAGAAGAAAUAUAUUCAGACAUUUGUCUGAAUAUAUUGUUUCAGAAGAAACAAACAAUAUAUUGCUGUCGAUACAGUAAGGAUGUUCAUAGAAACAAGUGGCAAACACAAAAAAAAAAUUCUAACCCUUUAUUGAACAAAGAUGGGGUAAGAUGCUACACGAUGCUUAGUACUAUUUUUAAUUACAAGGGCGUACAACAUACAAUAAGUGUGUACAUUAGUGCCAGGACAUACAAAAUACAAUAAGUGCAAUAAGCGAUGAAGAGGGGUAUGGGGGGUAAGGGGGUGGCUAUGCAGAGUCUAGGUAGACUCUGAACAACAAGAACAACCUUCCACAACCUUUUUCUCGCCAUUGGCCUUUAUAUGUAAGCUACAGAUCUUGGAAAACUCAAUAUAUAUAUAUAUAUAUAUAUAUAUUUCUUAACUCUUCUUCUUUAGCAUAGGGCACAUCGGACGAUCAUUUACAAAAGGAAAGGAGAUAAUGCUGUCCCGAAAUUUUGAAUAUAAAUAUUUACAUAUUUCCAAACGAUCAACAUGGCCAACAAGUAUUAAGGUCACCGACAGGUCAGUGGGUCACACUGGCUCUGCCGACGAACUUUCCAAUUUUGUGUUCACACGAGAGUUGUAGUAAUGUAAAAUGCUAAAUAAACAUAAAUAUACCGUAGCGUAGGCUAAUUAAAACGUAAUGACAAAUGAUUUCGAGAUAAAUUACUGAAACAUAAUCAAAAACACAUAGUUACUAAUAACAGUUUUCACUGCUCCUCUACUCCCGAAAUGGAGACGUUUAUUGCUAUGGUACGUCAUGACCUCCAAGCCCUCUAAACUGGUUCCUAAACCUCUACAUUUGGUGCUGGGGUCUAUAGUGCUCAAUAAAGCCACCUAGGUGGCAUGGGCUUCUACAUUUCUCAACAGUGUGAUUUAUCUUUGUGAUGAUCCCUAACAGUGUGAUUUAUCUUUGUUAUGAUCCCUAACAGUGUGAUUUAUCUUUGCGAUGAUCCCUAACAGCGUGAUUUAUCUUUGUUAUGAUCCCUAAAAGUGUGAUUUAUCUUUGCGAUGAUCCCUAACAGUGUGAUUUAUAUUUGGGUUACUCAACUGCAACAUUGUGAUUUAUAUUAUGUCUAUUUGGGUUACUCAUCUGUAACAGUGUGAUAUAACUUUGUGUUGGUCAGUAACAGUGUUAUUCCUCUUGUGUUACUCUUGAGAGUAUGAGUGGGAUGUCAAGAGAAAAGGAUGACCACUGAUCAAGACUUGUCUGUCGACGGCCAAUCAGCUGUCGCUUUGUUUGCUGUAAAGGGUAUUGACGUAACGUCUAGCAAGGAUAAAGGAGUACUGAAGAUAGUGAAGGUCCAGGGCGUAGAUGGAGACAGGCCCAUGCUUGGGGACAGGGUUACCCUGCACUACACGGGUAAACUGCUCAACGGGCAGAAGGUGGACUCCAGUUUAGAUCGCAAGGAACCCUUUUCAUUCAGUUUAGGAAAGGGGCAAGUGAUCAAGGCGUGGGACAGCAGUGUGAUGACGAUGCAGAAGGGAGAGGUGUGCUCACUGCUCUGUCGUCCGGAUUACGCCUAUGGAGCCCCAGGGAACCCACCAAAGGUUCCCCCAAACUCAACCCUACUGUUUGAGGUUGAGCUGCUGGACUUCCAGGGCGAGAUGCUCACAGAAGACGGUGGAGUAAUGCGGAGGAUCAAGACCAAGGGAGAAGGCUUCACCAACCCCAACGACGGGGCUACUGUCGAUGUGCACCUGGAGGGGAGGUGCGAGGGCCAGCUGUUUGACUCCCGGGAUGUGUGUUUUAUUGUGGGAGAGGCGCAGGACAAGGGCGUCCCACUGGGAGUGGACCGGGCCAUGGAGAAGAUGCAGAAAGGAGAGUGCUGUCUACUUCAGCUUAAAUCCAAGUAUGGCUUUGGGAGAGAAGGUAAGCCAGAGUUAAAGAUUGGACCAAACAAAGACAUGCUCUAUGAAGUUACCCUCAGAGACUUCAAAAAGGCCAAAGAAUCAUGGGAAAUGGACUUGAAAGAGAAACUUGAACUGUCUGCUGAAGUUAAGCAUAAAGGGAAUCAGUAUUUUAAGGCGGGCUUCCUCCAGCAGGCCGUCAUCCAGUACCAGCGCAUCGUGUCCUGGCUGGAGAUGGAGUGUGGCGUGGGAGAGGAGCAGCAGAGGAAGAUCCAGGAGUUCCUGCUGCUGUCCCAGCUCAACCUGGCACUGUGCUACCUACGGCUGCAGGAGUUCUCCCACGUGGUGGACAACUGCAACAAGGUGAUUGAGCUCGACGCGACGAACGAGAAGGCGCUGUAUCGCCGGGGCGAGGCCCGUCUCUGCCGUAACGAGUUCAGUCUGGCCAUGGCCGACUUCCGCCAGGUGCUGCAGGUCAACCCGUUGAAUCGGGCGGCCCGGGCUCAGAUUACCAUCUGCCAGCACAAGGUCAGGGAACACCAGGAGCGGGACAAGAAGAUCUACGCCAACAUGUUCCAGAAAUUCGCGGAACACGAUAAAAAAGUUGGGAAGCAGAAGCGAAGGAAGGAUGAAAGUGUAAAAAGCAACGGGGAGGUGGGGAGUAAACGGAGACGCAGGAGUCAGGAGAACUCCUGAUCUCAAAUACUCUGAGGAAGGGCAGGCCUUUCCUUUCCUAGCCCAUCAUAACACUCGUCGCUUCGGAGGUUUAGAUACGGGAUCUCUGGAACGUUUUGGUUCAGAAGAUAUGAUGGAAUCGGCUGAGCAGAGCGAAGGCAUGUCAUUGAUUUUUGAACUCCACAUUCUCGUCAUCAUAUCACCCAUAUGCCUUUGGCAUUCAAUCUUUUUUGGGCAUCUGUCGGUAAGUGCAAUGUCCGUCCUUGGGAACAGAAAUAUUUGUGGCAUUUUUUUCAAAACAGAAUCGUAAUUUUUUUUUGUUGUGCUAUACCAAUUGUAAAUAAAUGGCCCAAUCAUUUUAUACUCCCUAGAAAACUUGAUAAAGUCAAUAAAACAUAUUCACCACAUGCACAAUAAAAGAAUCAUGACUUUUGAAUUUAACCGUUUUCAUUCUAGAAAACCACAAAACAAAACAUUCUAACGGUUGUAUUGUUGAACAUGGUUAACGAAUGCUGCCUUUGUACCUUUCUACAAAACUACUGGUACAUACUGUUGCAUGCUAUUGUCAUCGUUGUAAGCUUUAAAUAUGAAUUGUCGAAACCACAAUGCUAUCUCAAUGCAUCUUAACUUUUUUUUGUUAUGCCCUCUUCGUAAGUCUCCAGACUUUGUUCAUGAAUUCUGAAUUCUGCGCUUAGAUGUCUGAUGCUUUGGACUUAGAUUGUAAUUCCACCGCUGUUCUCUCGCCAAAAACAGGCAUCAUCAGAUAUGAGCCUGGAUGAGAUUUGCACCCUGAAUUUGCUUUAUUAAUUUGACGUAAAACAAUCUAAAUUGGUGUCUUAAGUAGUGACAAUGGUGUAAAAGGAAAGGAACUAUGUGUGUUAUUAGGCUACUUUUUUUAUUUGCAAGGGAAGUGCUGCUGUUAAACAAAACCUUUUUGUUAGCAAUGUCACUUUAAGAUAUGAUGGUGUUGUUGUGGUAAAGAGCACAGCAGCCAUUUUUGAUAUGACGUGGGAUACUAGUGACCACUGAAUCUAUGUUGGCCGUCGAUAUUUGGGAUGCUAACCCUGCUCUCGCACCAUGGGGUAGUUCGGGGGGAUUAGCAAGCAGAAAGUGUUACCUUGAUUACAUAGGAUACUGAUGAAUAUUUGUGAGAUACUUUUGUUUUCUUCGUCUGUCUGUCAAAUUUUAUUUCCAUGGCUUUUUAUUUUGUGGGCUUAUUUUGACCUGGCCGUUUAUUUAAGUAUUUGUAGUUCAGUAUGGUCUAUAGGCCUACUGUUGUGUAACAAACUUUAUUAAGGGCUUUUUUUUAACCAAAUUGUUCAAUGAAUUGCUUUUGAGUCAGUGUAAAGCUGAUGCACUUUCCAGAUAUUAAAACAUUUCCUCGCAAAUUAAUGAGAUGAAACAAUAAAUCAGACCCAAAUUUCAAAUGACUCGGUUAUUUUAAGAAAUUGACAACAUGUCUGAUCUCCCUGCUCUUAAUUUAACUUGUGAUUCAGCGUUACAUUUAAAAAAAACAUGCUAAUUUUAAGGGUACAUAACCCUAUAGAAGAAAGCUUUAAAAGUGCUUGAAUAUUAAAUGCAUUGAUACGAUUUCAGUCCAA